AUCAUCGUGGAAGAUAGAAAUCUGCAGUAGAAAACUAAAAAUGUUUACUCUCUAUCUAACUCUCAUUAUACUUCAACAAGUAUUGUCUGAUUCAAGCAAUCUUUGCUUGAAUGACGAUGAAACUUUGGUAAAAGUUGAACAGUACUUGGAGAAAUUUACUGUUUACAAGAAACAGAAUGAUAUUGGAUCUAGUUGCAAGAGUCUAGAAUUCAGCCAAGCUAUUAAAAGGUUCCUAAAGAAGGAAUUGGGAUUAGAACAAAGCGAUACCAUAACCGAUGAACUCUUAAAAAUAAUGAAAGAAGAUAGAUGCGGAAAUAUUGAGUCUGGUGUCCAAGAGCAAACUCAAUUCAAAUGGCAGAAUCCUUUAGAUAUUACUUAUUGUUUUAAUUAUAAAAAUGCUACUGAAAAUGAUGAAACUAUGUACAUCUACCUAGAAACUGAAGCUAUACAAGUAGCUCUUAACGACUGGAGUUUUAAUGCAAAUAUUGAAUUUAGACAAGUUAACCCUGAUUGGGUUGAAUCUACUUUCUGGGAACUUCAACAAUCUUGCGGUCUUGCAUUUAGAUUUGCUAGUGGAGAUCACAGUUGGAUGCAUCCAGGACCUUCUAAGGGAUUUGAUGGCCCUGGAGGUGUCCUUGCUCAUGCUUUCUUCCCUGGUCUCGGAGACGUACAUUUCGAUAAAGAUGAAGACUGGGACUGGGACGAAACCAAAAAUAAAAAGAGUCUUUACUACGUUGCUCUUCAUGAAGUUGGUCAUUCCCUAGGCCUAACACACUCAGCUGAUCCAACCGCCGUCAUGUACCCAACUUACAGACCAUCAAACGCUAAAAAUGGAUUACCAUCUGAUGAUGUACAAAGGAUUCAGGCUUUAUAUGGUAAAUAUAUAAAGAUAAAAUAA